AUGUUACUUCGUUACCCUUUUCUCACAAUCCUGGCUUUACUAGCCAUCCCAGAGCGAGUUUUAUCACGGAAAGGCGGCGAUGGCUCUAGCGGGGACAGCGACAGUAGUAGCUCCAGUGGCUCCAGUGGAUCUAGUGACUCGAGUGACUCCGGUGGUAGUGAUGACACCUCUUCAUCAACAUCAUCAUCCUCUGGUGAAACACAUUGCUUUGAUACCCACCGCCUCGACUUUGAAGAUCUUCAGCCUCCACACUACUACAAAUACAAUAAGGCACCACGCCAUGGUCAUGCCAGUGUCAAAACCGACUGGGAUGGAGUCUUCUUUAAAGGCGAAGCCAAUAUGAAAUACACAAUCAUAACGCCACCAAACAAUUUGACAGAAGGCGACAUCGUCAGUUCAUCUUUGAUCGAGUGUCCCGUUGGCAGACAAUCUAUGCGCAUGCUGGGCGUUGCAUGGGUUGGGCCCAAAACCCCCACUCCCGCUGGACCCAUCAAUCCUUUCACGUUGGGGUUCAAGGCUUGGAAGAGCAACGUACGCGUCUCGGAUAUCGAUUAUUCAUACAGUGUGUGUGAAGACCCGGAUCUCAUGCUCCUCACCACGACGGUAGACCUGUACAAUGAAACUUCAGUCGUGAAGGCCAUGGAUGCAGUUGCGUUCAAUAUCACCCAGGCGGCUGAUAACAGCAACAAGAUUCUGUUCGAUGGGGUCUAUGAUCUCAAAGACUGGGCAGAUAGUGAACGGAGCUACUUGCAACCAGCACGGUAUGACAAUACCGGCCUUUGGGAUCAGAUAAUUUCCCUUCCGGAUAGUCUAUGCUCUGAGCGGAGAAAUUUGGGCAAAAUCCUCUUUGUAUGGCCCACUGGAACACACUUCAAUGGGUCCAUGACCAACGAAACUCUUGAGUUGAAUUUCUCAGGUUCGACACUUGCUGGGUUUGAACGUAGUUAUCCAUCAUGGCCAGACACAGACACAAAAGUGAAUGUGACUUUCGAAUUCACAUUCACGGGUAGUUUUGAUGCUGCGAAUUCGACGCAGGUGGUUCUGACAGGCGCUUCGAGCAACAAUGCGUCAUUAGUCGACUUUGAGAUUGUGACUGGCAGUGCUACUAUGACAAGUCUCUCACUGUACUACGUACUACUCUCUUUAUUGAUCACUCUUGGGAUAAUGGUCGUAUGA